GUGUAAAUCAUCUUCUCAAAUAUAUUUAAUUUCGCGUCUUUGUAACUCCUGUCUUUAGUGUAAUAUCUGUAAGCACGGAGUAACGUUUCAAAUGUUUACAAUUUAAAGCAACUAUUAUUUUAAUAAAUUCGAUACAUAUUGUCAAUCAUCGAGAUGUUCGAUAAACGAUAUUUAACUAUACUUAUAAUUAAUUUUAUCGCAAUAAGCAUUGAAAUCGAUGCUUGGAACAUAUGGAAAAUACAAAAGUUUCCAGAACGACGACGUUUAUGGCAAACGAAUGAAAAUCGAUCUCAAGAAUCUUACGAUCCCGAAACGCACAUGUCAGCUCUUCAAAAUGUUAGAAUGGCACAAAAUAAGAGAGAAAAACGACUUUUUCCACUCUUCACCGUGGUAAGAUUUGAGAAUAAUGCCUGUGGUGGAUUGAAUGGUGAAAAUGGUACUUGCAUAUCAUCAACUGAAUGUUCGCAGCGAGGUGGUAUAUCCAGCGGAGUUUGUGCAAAUGGUUAUGGCGUCUGUUGUAUCGUCAUGGCCUCAUGCGGACAAACGAUCAACGAUAAUAAUACUUAUUUCGUUAAUCCUAAUUAUCCAUCGACGUUUGAUGGUACGGACUCUUGUCAGCUGACUCUUUUGAAGUUGCAUCCGGAUGUGUGCCAAUUUAGACUGGAUUUUGUACAAUUUACGAUAAGAGGACCCGAGACGAUCAACAAUCUAUGCACUUACGAUCAAUUUAUUGUUUCUGGGGGUAAUCCAGUACCAACCAUUUGUGGAACUAAUAAUGACAACCACAUGUACAUCGAUGCUGGUAUAGGACAAACUAAUCCCAUUGCACUGACAUUCGUCACGAGCGGAAGUUCCUUUCCACGAUCCUGGAAAGUCCGAAUCUCACAGAUUCGCUGUAACACAAUUUAUAGAGCCGAAGAAGGAUGUUUGCAAUAUUUUACCGGUGUAUCAGGGCAAAUAAAAUCAUUCAAUUUCGAUGCCUCGACCGGCUUACAAUUGUCCAAUCAGGAUUACAGUAUAUGCAUCAGAAUGGAAAGAAACUUUUGUGGUGUUCAAUAUAUGCCAUGUUCGGAUGAAGCUACGAUGGUAUCUAAUAGUGGUUCAGGACAAAUGUCUCGUAAUAAUGCAUUCACUUUAACGGGUAAUACUCAAGGAACCCAAAUAGCUUCUAUGACAGGUGCCAUGUGUCAAACAGAUUGGCUGAUGAUUCCUUGUGCGAUUAACGUAGGCAAAUCUCCUUCAAUGUCCACUACUUGUGUAGACCGAUUAUGUGGCGGUACCUUUAAUGCCGAUAAUCAAAACCUUAACUCAUCUUCGGUCAUUAGUACUGUCAAACCUUUCAGAUUAAUCUUUCAUACAGAUGCAACCGAAGCACCUAAUGAUGUUGGAAAUAGAGGAUUUUGUUUAAAUUAUAUUCAACAACCGUGUACGACAAAGUUGAGGUAAGGUAUUACGUAGACAUCCGAAUGGCAGA